AUGCUAUUAUCGAUUUGAUAAACAACCAUCCUUCAUUGAAAUCACUUAAAUUUAUAAGGUAUCAAAUUGAUUAUAACAAAUAUAGUUUACUUCAAAAAUCUAUUGUCGACAAAAAAAAGAUUACAAAUAUUGAAUUUAAAUGUGUUAGAGUUGAGAAAAUAAAUGAGAGAGAUUUAUAUGACUAUUUUCUGUCCAAAGAAUCUGCAAUUAACAGAUUUUCUAUCUCACAUCCUAAUUUUAUAUUUGAUCAUCUUAAGAUUGAUCAUUUUCCAAGUAACAUCAAAGAAAUCAAAUUGGACCUUAGUAUAAUUGACGAAGAUAACAUGAAGGUUCUUGUUUCAAUAAUCAAAAAAAGUCCAAAUUUAACACAUAUUGAUUUAACCCGAAAUACCAUCAGUAAUAAGGCAGUUGAGUUAAUCGUUAAUAAUUUAAACGAAUAUCCGAAUCUGAAAGUUUUAAAAAUUUCUGGUGUUAGUGAUAAUAUGCUUUUCGAGCAUCAUGAUAAGAUGCUCAUUAAUGAGACAUUGAUUGAUCCGGAUCUAGAUACCAACAUAACGAUCGAUCUUAAUUUCAUGAAUAUGAGACGUAGUGCUGAAAGAAUGGAAAAAUUGCAAAAAGAAAUAGCUGAAGAGUAUUCGAAGCAGAAGUCUAAAAGAAAAGCAGAUUGGGAAGAUUUGGAUGACC